UUUUGUCAUUUCCAUCCCACUCUCCCUCUAGAGAAGAGAGGGAAACAAAGAGAGAGCGAGUCCUCUUUUUUACUCUUGCUCCUGCUGCCCCACACUGGUCUGGUUGAACAGUGUACUCAGUCCACAGAGACUCGUUCAUCAUCGUUUUUAUCUGUAAAGCCUUCCAUCGUCAGCCUUAAAAAAAGGAAUAUCAAUAACCCAUUUCUACUUCUUCUUAUUCCUCAUCGUAUUAUUUCCCUUUCUGAUUCCUCCUCAUAUUAUCUCUCUGCACAAACCCAGCAACAUUCAAGAAAAACAAAAAACCAGAGAGACUUUGCUUUAGAGUGGCUUGGAAAGGGGAUAUAUUUCGCAGUAAGCUAAGCUCAAUCCUCCUUUUUACUCUUUUUUACUGUUUUACUCAAGUCUUUGCUUGUUUGUGAAACAAUCUCUCAGAUCCUCCUCUAUCUAUGUAUCUAUCCCUCUUUCUCAUUUUCAGUUUCAGGGGGGAGAGGUUUUAAGUAGUUGCAGAGGAUAGUGUUUGUGUAUGACCAAGAAAAAGCAAUGGGUGUUAGUGGGUAUUCAAUUCCUUGCCUUUUCUCUCUUUUAUCCUCCACCAACCUCCUGUCCCUGUCCACCCAAAUUAGCAUCCACCCCAUUAACUAAUUACUUGGAAAACAUACAUAGUGCAGUUACUUCUGUGUAUUUGUAUCAAUUACUUUCUGCAACUUCUUCCCCCUCUCAAAACACUGCCAUUUGCCUACCCAAAUCUACAGCAAGAAAGGUUUCCCUUCAUUUCUCUCGUGCGUAGUUUCAGUGUUGAAUUUCAUCUCAGACCAGCAUAUUUCCAAAGUUUUCCUUCUCUUGUAAAGAAGGAGAAGGAAAAAGCCAAGGAAUUUGGAAAGGGAGAGAGCAAAUGGAGAGCAGCAGCCCCAGUCCAUUGUUUCCUCUGCGAUGGGAGAGUACUGGGGACCAGUGGUGGUAUGCCACCCCUAUUGACUGGGCUGCCGCCAACGGGCACCUGGAUGUGGUGCGGGAGCUGCUUCGGGUGGACGCAAACCUCCUAAUAAAGCUGACUUCCCUGCGCAGGCUGCGCCGCUUGGAGACAGUUUGGGAUGACAAUUUCUCCUCUGCACCUCUCGGCCGCUGCACCAUCGCAAAGGCCCUCCUCUUCGAAUUUGAAUCCAAACACUCCCCGAAUGCCCUUAUCAGAGCUGGAUAUGGCGGCUGGCUCCUCUACACUGCAGCUUCAGCGGGUGACUUGGAUUUUGCGAAGGAGUUGUUGCGAAGGGAGCCUAGAUUGGUUUUUGGAGAAGGGGAGUACGGGAUCACCGAUAUCUUCUAUGCGGCUUCAAGGAGCAAGAAUUCUGAGGUUUUCAGACUCUUGCUUGAGUUUGCCAUCAAUCCGAGAUCUUGGGGUACUGAAGAUGUUGAGGAGGGGCAAGGACAGAUCAAUGGUGUCUCUCCACUCUUGAGGUCGGAGAUUAUGAAUAGGGCGGUUCAUGCUGCCGCGAGAGGGGGAAAUUUCGAGAUGCUUAAAGAGCUUCUGAAUGAUCUCCCUGAUCCUUUGGUUUAUAGGGAUUUGCAGGGUUCGACUCUGCUUCAUGCGGCAGCUGGGAGAGGCCAGACUGAGGUAGUGAAAUAUCUAAUUGGGUCUUUCAAUAUUAUCGCCUCCAGAGAUAAUGAAGGAAACACUGCUCUUCAUCUUGCUGCCUUCCGAGGCCACUUGGCUGUCGUUGAAGAGCUUGUUUGUGCAUCCCCAUCUUUACCCACCCUCACAAAUAAUGCAAGGGAGACUUUCCUUCACAUGGCUGUGGCUGGUUUUCGAGCCCCCGGAUUCCAUAGGUUAGACCGACAAAUUGAGCUAAUAGAACACUUGAUCUCGGAGACAAAUCUUUUCCAUUUGCCUGACAUCAUAAAUUGCAAGAAUGCCGAAGGCAAGACUGUGCUCCACAUGGCAGUCUCUGGAAACAUCCUCACCAACCUUGUGGAACUAAUAAUGAGUGUACGAGGAAUUGAUCUCAACAUCCAUGACUCUAAUGGAAUGACCCCUUUAGAUGUUCUUAAUCUACAUCCACGCUCUCCAUCAUCCGAGCUUCUCAUAAGGCAGCUGAUUUUGGCAGGAGGAAUUGGAAAUUCAAAGGAUUAUGCUAUGAGAAGUGCUAUUGUUUCUCACUUGAAGAUGCAGGCUCUUGGUAGUAGAAGCCCUGGAACUUCAUUUAGAAUAUCGGAUGGAGAGAUAUUCUUGUACACAGGCACAGAAAACCCAUCUGAAUUAUAUGAAAGAGGCAGUGCAAGGCCAAGCUCAUGCUCAAAUAGCAGCCGACCUAGUGAGAUAAGUCUGUUGGAAAGCAAUGGGGCCACCCAUGGUUCUGCCUCAACCAAGAGAUCUACUCCUGUGAACUCUGCAGCAAGGAGAUUGAGGAUCCUUCUUGGGUGGUCUCAUGGAAAAGAGAGGAUAAGAGACAAAGCUAAGAAGUCUCUUAAGUUCAGAGAUGAUGACUCCUCACUGGAUUCAUUUGGGAAAUGUAGUCCAGAGGAAAACAUCCCUACUCCAUUGAGGUUACGAUUCUCAAAGCCACCGUCACUACCCAAUAACAAGCGCACCCUCUCCGUUAGAAGUGCUCUACCAAGUCCAAUGACAAAGAAGAAGUUUGCUUCUGGGCUAACUCAUGGUGUCCUACAGGCAAUGCCCCAUUUGGUAUUUCAGUCGUCACCGAGCUCAUUGUCAAGGACUCCAAUGUUAUCGUCUCCACCUUCUUCAGAUAAAACCCAGGGGCUCACUUCGGAUUCUGAAAGAACACCAUCCACUGCUCCUGCUGCUUCUAGUGCUACUACCAUUACUACUACUAUGUUUGCAAGUAAGGACGGAAAGGAGGAUUCUGGCCGUAAAUCAACUCAUGGGUUGAUGAACCAUUACUUUUGUUUUGGAGCGCAUGGGCUUUCUUAUGAUGAUGAAAGCCAGAUGGUGGGUGGUCACCGUGCUAACCGAUUUUAUAAGCGCUCAAUCCUUUCAGAGGCUUAAUGAAUCGAAGUUCUAGUUUUGGAGAAUGACUCGAGGAGGGGGUUGAUUUUGCAUCUGACAAUUAGGGUAUCAGUACUAUGAAAGUGUGUUUAAGGUUUUUAUCUGUCCUGGAACUUUGCACCGACUUCUAGCACUAUCUGAUUGUGUAUUGAGGUAACUUAUUUCUGUCCUGGAACUCGAUUUCUAGAAGUAGUGAUCCUACUUGUGUAAGCAUCUGUAGAUUUAAUGUGUUCUAAACUGCUGUAGUCUUAUCUGAAAAAAGAAAAGUAUGGGUGUCCUAAUGCACUUGUAAAAUUCUUGUUCUGCUUUAUUUUAAUAAAAGCCUGUUUGUGUGA